AUGGCAGGAAACACCACAACACCAACUAGCAGUACUGUUGGAGGGAACAGUGACGUGACUAGGCUUCAGUUAAGAAUCCAAGAACUCGAAGCGCAAUUGGCAGCAAAACAACCCAAGACACCCAAGCCUCAAAUCUUCGAUGGCAAACGAUCAGAACUUAAGAAUUUCCUCACGCAAAUGGACAUGCAUGUAGCGAUCAAUGCAGUGUCACUCGGAACCGAAGAAUCUAAGGUAGUCUUUGUGGUAACGUGCCUCACUGGGGAAGCGUUUCAAUGGAUUGAACCAGUGCUUAGGGAAUACUACAACAGUGAAAAGAAGGAUUGGAGCGACCACACUAAGGAAAUAUUGGGAUCCUUCAAGACAUUCAAAGAAAAGUUUCAACUCGCGUUUGGCAAUAUCGACAAGGCAAGAAAUGCAGAAAGGCAACUACGACAACUACGACAGACAGGAUCUGCACGACAAUUAGCAAUCAAAUUCAAGCAAAUCGCCAUGAUACUUGACUAUAGUGACGACGUACUCAUUGCAAUGUUUAAAAACAUGCUAAAGGAAGAUGUUCAAGUAGAACUCAUCAAGAUGGAUCGACCAGACGAUAUCAACGAGUUUAUCGAACAAGCUGUCAAGAUCGACGACAAGCUGUACGAAAUCAAGCAAAAACGACAAGAAAUACAAGGAUGGAGACGCCACGGAAUGGCACUACCAGCAAAUCAACGACGACAUAGACCAAUGCCAAUGGAACUCGAUGCAACCGCAGAAGCAAAAACCUAUGAAAAGAAGAAAGUUAGGUUCGACAAGACCACGGUCAAGUGCUACAACUGCAACAAGAUAGGACACUAUGCAAAAGAAUGCAGAAGCCCAAGAAAAGAAAGACAGAUCAAAGCAACGCAAGAAAAUGGCUUUAACGAAGAAGACUAA